AUGUUGCCCAGCGACAUUGGGAUCUGCAUGGAAGGAGCAGGAGCUGGAGGCAGUGAUGAGAUCUUGAUCCUUGCAGUAGGAGGCGUGGCCUGCACUGCCCAGGGCCAGGACCAGGACCAGGACCAGGACCCGCUCCUGCCCCAGGCCACAGCACGGGCACUUCUGCUGCUGGCCACCAGGGGGCCUGUCCCGGGGCACAGAGCACUCCUUAUGCUCGGAGCGGAGUGGGGACAGGUGCGGUUUGUUCUGGCUCACAUCCAACAGUGCUCAAUGCUGCUGCAGUGCUGCUCUGACCGAGCCCAGUCCCUGAGCUCCAGAGUCCAGAUGUAG